UUUUUGUUGGGUUUUUAUUUUUCGAUUUAGUCCCGAUAUAACGUUAGUUGUGACAUGUGAACCAAUCUUAAAGUAUUAGACAUAGACGUGGCAGCAGUUCCUUUGUGUUUGAAGCUAUACGGCUAGGCUACCGGGAAUACCGUCGCUAACCGCAGCGCAAUGGAUCAUGAAGUAUAGGCAGGUUUAGAUAAGAUUAUUUUGAGUGUCGUAAAGUUUUAUUAAUUUUCAACGGUAUAUUGGAGUUCGGUUCGAUAAACGGCUACUAAGAUGUCUGGCUUCGAUGAAAAUCCUUUCGGGGAACCGAAUAUUAAUGAUCCGUUUUCAGAUCCUGCAAUAAGGAGAGCUGUAUCUUCUAACCCAACUAAUAGGGGUUUAGAGGAUUAUAAUCCUUUUGCAGAACAAAGUUCACAGGGAACUGCACAAGUCAGAGGUGCUUCAAAUCCUCCAAUCUAUGGAGGUCUUGGAGCAACACAGCAGCCAGCUACAUUACAACCUUCAAAUCAAGAACCUCAGGCAACUAACUAUGCUCGUCCUCCACAACCGAAGCCAAAUGUAGGACUAGGCAGCCCAUUAUCCCCAACUGCAGAUGUAAAUCCGAGAUCAGAGCCCGAAUUGAAAACAAGAACAGAGGAUGAGAUGAGACCACCAUACUAUUCACAAACAAACAACUGGCCACCAUUACCUGAUAAGUGCUGCUUCCAACCUUGCUUCCAGCAAGAUAUUGAUAUGGAAAUUCAUAUAAACUUUCAGAAGGUAGUCAGGCAACUAUACCAUCUAUGGAUAUUUCACAGCUGUGUUUUAAUACUUAAUGUUAUUGGUGGAUUCAUUUUAUUGUUAUGUAAUAAAGGAUUUUCAACAUUUGGUCUUGGAAUAUUGUAUCUAUUACUUUUUACUCCAUUCUCGUUCUUAUGUUGGUUCAGACCAUCAUACAAGGCAUUCAAAAAUGACAGCUCUUUUAACUUCAUCGUAUUUUUCUUCGUCUUUUUCUUUCAAUUAAUUGUCACAGCGAUUCAGGCUAUAGGUAUUCCUGGCUCAGGAACAUGUGGUAUUAUUGUUGCUAUCCGGAUGUUCGACAAUACAGCUAAAGGAACAUUUGUUGGCUUCUUGUUACUCCUUAUUGCCAUCUGUUUUGUUCUCACUGCGUGUGGUGAGCUGCUAUUAUUAACUAAGGUUCAUCGCAUAUAUCGCUCAUUGAAUGUUGUGAGCGUUUCAAAAGCACAACAAGAGUUUGCCACAACUUUCUUGCGCAAUGAACAUUUGCAACGUGCGGCAGGUAAUUUAGCUAGUAGUGCUGUCCGCGCCCAAAUGGCUAACACUGCUAAUCAACCACGCUAUUAAAGUGAUUUCGACACACUCCAGGAUUUAUUCUUCAGAAUACGAAAAUUGGGUUAUAUCGUUGCUGUUACUUUAUUGGGUGUAUCUAAAUGUCUCAAUGAACUGGAAACUUUAUAUCAAGUAAAAUGUUCGGGAAUAUAGGAAAAAGAGGUUGAAGAAUCUUUGUUAUUUAUUGAGAUUUUAAUCAAAUAGAUUGUGCCCACUAAAUAUAUUUUUACAUA